CAGGGCCAGGGCCGCAUCCCGCGUACGAGCAACAUGGCCGGCCGAUGUCGUUAUUCAUCUCCGCCUCACUGUUUGAAUUAAAACAAAUUGAAGAGAGACCGUCGAUAAAAGGCCUUCGGUCCCAGGCGGAAUAGCAUGUCGUACCUGGGGCCACCGCCAGCACAACACGUCAUCCUACUGGACAAGAUCAGCCGCGCUUUGAUAGCCGAAGACAUCCCGAGGUUCAAGAACAGGUGCCUUGCUGAAGGGGUGCGGCCGGGCGAAGUGGAGAGGCACAGUGUUCUAGAAUUGCUUCAGUUGUUGGACCGACGACGGGUCAUUGCUCCAGGGAAGUAUGACAAACUUGUGCAGGUACUGACUGACAUCGGCAGGGGUGAUUUGGUUCAAGAAUUCUUCCCCCUGAAAAGAGGACAAGAAAACCAGUCAACAGCGUCUCCGAUAUCUUGCCAAAAGGAGACGGAUAAUCAUCCUCCUCAUCAUCAUUGCCGGCAUCAUUCUGCGACACCCACCAUGAAUUCCGUCGUAACCGAGAAAGCCCUCUCCUGGCUGGCUUCCAAGAUGGGAGCAGACUGGGAACAAAUUGGCAUCCAGUGCUUGGGCAUGUCCAAAAAUGACAUCUUCCAGUGUAAGGCGGACAAUCCCUACACUGUGCAAAACCAGAUCUUCAGCUUGUUGAACAAGUGGAGAUGUCGCAGCGGCUACAAUGUAACCUAUGCGCAGCUGUUUGAAAUGCUACUUCAGUUCCAGGAGUUUGACAAGAACAUUUUGGAAGAAAUGCAAACGAAGAUACCAACGUUUUGAACCUGUGUGCGAUGGUUCCUGGUAAAAAGCAUGAACGACAUGUACUUAUGAUGUUCUUGGACUACUGAUUUUAUUGGAGAAAUGCUGAAGAAGAAAAACUGAACUUGUAGAAAAGACUGUAUGAUUAACAACACCGAUUGAAAAGAACAUUGAAAUUGACGUUUAUCCUGCUCAGGAUGACAUGUAUAAUAUCUGAAUCACCUUCCUUUUUAAAUCAUGAUAUCAUAACUAGAGCAAAACAUUUGUGUGAAAAAUGCUAGCUGAUUAGGCAGUGCAAUCUUCACUGUCAUUCAUUUCAAUCAUGAAUAAGGAAUUGCUAAACUAGAAGGAAUUUUGAAAAAUUCAACAAGUUAAACCAGUUCAAGAUUGAGCGAUUUCAUCCGGUGUUUUGGGGUUGGAAUGAUUGUAUCAUACAUUACUUUCAACAAAACUGUUAUCUCCUUUCUUUAUAGACCUCUGACAUUAUGAUGUCUUGAUUAUACACUA